AUGGGCAAAAUUAAAAACGCCCCUAACGUUAGGCAGCUUCGUUCUUCCCGCUCGACAAGAAAUCAAGAACACAACACUGCGCCACGCAACCGAGCCGGGGUGAUCGACUGGGACCCAACAGAGGGUCUACCCGUUCGAAAAUGGGAGCAAGUCACCGUCAAAGUCAACCAAGAUGUCUCGACUGAUCCCUCUGACACCAACAAUCAAAACCAAGAACACAUUGAUAACGACUUCCCCUGGCCAGAACAGCCAUUACCACAUUUUUUCAAUCAAUUAGCACCACAUUCACAGGAGCUUCUCCGACGAGCCCGUAUGGGUAACACUGCCGUCAAAAUGCCAACAUGGGAUCGAAAGACAGAAUCAUGGAUCUCAAGCAGUGAGCUCGAUGCGAGGAAUGCUCGUCUCAAAUCAAAACACCUCUUAAACAAUCCGGAGUCACCAAAUUCUCAUAAUGAAGAUGAAGAGGACGAUGAGAAUGACGACGCCUUUGAUGCUGAUGGUCUGCCUGAAAAGCGAAGAAAAACAAAUUCAGGUGUACAAGAACGAGUUUUUGAAACAAAGAAAUGGGUACAAAUUCCUGCAGCAAUCGCCGAAAAGCUUCCCGAGCCGAAAUAUCUUGCUGACCGCCGACCGGGCAUGGAAAGCCUUUACGGAGGUGCGUACAAAGCAACAAAUGGAUUCGGAGCAUUGGGGCUUAGCCCAGGAACGGGUUCUGCAAAUGUUGGGUAUGAUUUAGGAGAUGGCUCCGGAUUAGGGAAUGCAGCAGGUGUGCUUGGAACGACAAACCCUGUUCAAGAGUCAACACCUGUCAGAAAAAACAUACCCCCCAAGCGCAAGAAAAAGAAGCUUGGUGGACCAGGACGAAAGAAGGCAAAUCCAAAUCCUACGGGAGACAAUGCUGUGACAACCAUGUCAGGUGAUACCACGACUGGGAUUCCUACGGGAGAUAAUCAACCAUCCGCCACUACAGAUAUUCAAAUGAGAGAUAACCAAAAUGGAGAGGGGGAAGGAUCUGGAAGUGAGAGCGAGGGUGAAGGCAGUGAGGAAGGGGAGAUUGAAGAAGGUGGAAAGACUGAACCUGAUGCUACAGCUCAAACUACAGCUGCUGAUCAAGAAAACCUUUCCGCCGAACCAAACAACGAUCAAGUGUCUGAAGCCGAAGUCGAGCCAGAACCUGCGAUUGAGGUUACAGGAACUUCUCUCACUGCACCGAAUUCCGAAAUCAUCACCACCAUUUCCACAGAUGCCGAGACACAGCAAGCCACCGUUGUUGAGACAUUAUCAGAAGCACAUGAUCAUCACGAGCCAGCUGCACAUCAACAUAUUGAGACGAUACAAGCGUCUGCACCGGAAACAGAACCACAAUCGCUUUCUAUCACCGACACAUUGCUCGCCGAACCCGUCCCACCACCGGUUGUCGAAGUUGCAGAUGAGACUCCGACAGAACCCUCAGCGAUCAUUACCCCGGCGGCCGAACCUGAACUUGUGCUCGAGCAAGGACCGAUCGUGGAGGAAGUCAAACCAGCGGGAUCGGAACCGGAACCUACGAGCGACGAAGUGAAGACUGUGGAUACUGUGGCAGUAGAUUUCGAAACAGUGCAGGAAGCUCCGCAAACUGAAACAGCUGAGCAGGUGGACAAGGACAAUGAGCCUGUCUCGCGCUCUACAGAGCCAAUGAAUCAAGAACAAGAACAGGCACAGGAGGAAGAAAAGAUCUCUACAGAGGGGGGAGCCGAAGCGCAGGCGACCGCAGAGAUGGAUUUACUUGGAGGAUUAGAGGCGGCCGUUGAGAAGGAGCAUGAGGCUGUCUAA